UGCAGUGCUGGUGUUGGUAGAACUGGUACAUAUAUAGCUAUAGACUACUGUUUAAAACAGUACAAAGAUACUGGUAAGGUGGAUGUAUUAGAAUGUGUUAAAACUCUUCGUCAACAGAGAAAAGGAAUGAUCCAAACUCCAGUAAGUUUUGUGUCAUAA